UGGAUUGUCAUUCAGCAGAGGAUUGAUGGCUCGCAGAGUUUCGAUCAAACUUGGGAUACAUACAAAGCAGGCUUUGGAUCCUACGACAAAAACUUCUGGUUGGGCCUGGAGAAGAUUCACCAAAUAACAACAUGGGGUGAUUACAGGUUGAGAUUUGAAGUUCUCAUCAACGGUGUUUGGUACUCUGAUGAAUAUGAUCAUUUCAAGAUCAAUUCAGAAGUUGAAAAAUACUCCAUUAACGUAUCUGGAUACAGUGGAGAUAAGACAGAUGUGUUGAACAGUCCAUCUUCCGUUAAUGUCCAGAAUGGUAUGAGAUUCUCAACUCCUGACCAGGAUAACGACCUUUCGGUCAACAGUAAUUGCGCUUCG